AUGGAAAUUGUUACAGUUAGCAAAACAAUUGAACCAGGUAAAAAGAAUAUCAUCACAUUUGAACCGAAAUGCGGAAUCGUCCAAGAUGAUACAAAAAUUGAAGAAAUUAAUAACAAUCCGUCACAGUCACUUCGUGGUGGAGGCGAUCUACUUUACAUGUAAGUGCUUGAUCUUACCUUCUAGGUUGGAAUACGAUUAAGUACUUUACGACUCUUCUCACUUUUAGCUGUCGCUGUUGCGCGUACUGUGUCGCUGUGCUGUGUUUGCGAGGCAAUCGAAUGUGCUGAAUGCUGUGAAGGUUGUUGUUAAGAUGUCUGGAUAAACUAAUGACUUCCCUCAUGUAUAUAUAAAGCGUUCUUCAGUUAUUUUUCAAUGAGUUAAAUUAUGUUUCUUAAAAUUGGUGAUGUGUAGCUGGUUACUUUCUUACGCACACGAUCGAUUUGGGCGCGAAAACGCUUCAGUAAAAAUUGAUAGUCACAUGGACUACUUUAACAUUCGUUUUACAUGGAAAGGUGUAUAAGAAGCAACAAAUGCUACAAUAUCAAAAACUGAUUUGAUUUCAUAACAAACAGGAUUAUCCCGAUGACUAUUGGGGAAUGAUAGUAUUGGAUAUUGAGUACAAUUUUAAUUUUCAACUUCUGCUCUACAUGCCCAUUGUCCAUCUCCCCUGAUUUAUGCGUAUAACCAGCAUUAGAGUCAUGAUCACAAAAUCAUCCACCGAUAUUUUAUAUAAGUAGUGGAAACGAUUUUACUUUCUAGACAGCGCUGUUUUUUUGUACUUUUUUAGGCGUUGAAAAUAGUCACCAAGUUGAAUAUAAAAUUUGUUUUUAAAUUUAUAGCGUUACCCAUGUAAUCGUUUGCGUUCGAAAAAACGCGUUUGAACGCUAGUUUUUGGAAAAUUUUGAGAAAAAACGCGUUUGAACGCUGUUUUGGGCGUUUAAAUCUACGUUUAAACGCGUUUUGUAAAAAUCUGCGUUUGAGUCGAACGCGUUUAAACGCCCUAAUGUGUGAAGAGCGUUUGAACGUUUUAUUUCAUGCAUUCUUGUUAAGCGUUUGAAGGCGUUUGAUUAUUAAAGGCGUUUAAACGCCGAAGAAAUUGAAUACUCUGAACGCGUUUAAUUUUUUGAACGCGUUUUAAGGCGUUUCGAUUUUAUUAGACGUUUGAACGCUGUUCUGAAACAAGUUACAAGGGCGUUUGAGAGCGUUUCUAUUAUUAAACGCCUCUGCACGCUGUAGAUAUUUGAUACUCUGAACGCGUUCGAAUUAUUGAAUGCGUUUUAAGGCGUUUUGGUUUCAACAGACGUUUUAACGCUGUUUUGAAAAAGGUUACAACAGACGUUUUAACGCUGUUUUGAAAAAGGUUACAACAGCGUCUGAAAGCGUUCCUAUUAUUAAACGUCUCGGCACGCUGUAGAUAUCUGAUACUCCGAACGUAUUCGAGGCAUCCUAAUCUGAACAGACGCCUGAACGCGGUUUGAAAAAGCUUCAAACAUCGUUCAAAAUUGUUUAUAUUAUGGAACAGGUUGCAUUUUUAUUUUACUACUAACUCUCUCUAAAUAAAUGAAUACCUUACUUUUGGGACAUACAAAAGCAUAAAUCUUCAACUACAUGUUAAAAAAGUCUCAUUUAAAAUUUGGAUGU